AUGUCCAGCGACCAGCCGGGCGGCUGUGACCGCCUCACUUCGAGCUCCAGCAGUAGCGCGAGCAACGCCAGCGGGGCCGACGCGGACGUCGACGGGGCAGCCGCCAUGGGGAAGCCGCAGACACCGCCGCACGUGCGCGCGGCCGACGCCAAGGGCCAACUCUCUCCGCAUGCAUCCUCCGCCGGCUACCACUUUUACGCCUACGAGUCGACCCAGCUUCAGCACGCCGACUUUGCUGCGUACGGAUACCGUGCGAAGCCCAAGCCCUGUAACACUGACUGUAUCUUGUGCCAUGUCAUCAGCCCGAGCGACCAGUUCGAGGGGCAGGCACACGGGCAGUCAGUGGCCAUGGUGCAGUCGCAGCAGCAGCAUCACCAGCUCAGCCCGCUGGGGCAUCACCAGCAACAGUUCAACACACUGGAGCAUCACCAGCACCAGCUCAACAUACUGGAGACACCACUGCAUCACCACCAGCAGCAGCAGCAACACAGCCCACCAUCUCCUGCAGAGUCCACCUACCACGCACAGGACUCCUACCAAUACAGAGUGAACUUCUCGUCACGUGACUGGCAGUCAGCACCAGAUCAGCAUCAGCUCUACCAACAGCACCAGCAACAGUAUCAACAGCAACAACAGCAGCAGCAGCACGCGCUCAUGGCCUCUAGCUCGGCGCGCAGCCCGCUAGCUCCGGGCAACGGCUGCAACAGCGUGAACAACGGCAACAACAGCGAUGAAGAAAACAACCCGGUGGCCGCAGCAGACAACGGCAACAGCACCAGCAGCGGCGGCAGCGGCAGCGCAACCGGUGAUCGCAACAACCUCGUCUCGGUCGUCGCCUUCGCCGACCUGCAGCAGCGCAACAUUGAUUAUUCCAACCAGCUACCGGCUGCUUUACAACAGACGUGCUCCAUUGCGGCAUCAGUGGGCCACGCCUCCUUGGCACCCAGCAGCUACGUUAACACACAUUCCGUGGGACCUCCGAAGCCUCCACUGCCAGUUAUCGCUUCCAGCAGUCCUGCUGUCACAGCAGGUGCCAAACCGGUGUCAGUUUCGGCCUCGUCGAGCCCGACGAGGCCCUCGACCGGUUCGGGACCGACAGUCGGCAAGCGGGCCCGCACGGCGUACACUUCGCAGCAGCUGAUCGAACUGGAGAAGGAGUUCAGCGUCAACCGCUACCUCUGCCGCCCGCGGCGCAUUGAGCUGGCAGCUCAGCUGGGUUUGACUGAGCGCCAGAUCAAAAUCUGGUUCCAGAACCGUCGAAUGAAGUACAAGAAGGAGAAGAAGGCCAAGGAAGCAAUGGAAGCUGCAGAGGCAGCAGGCAGUGACCAGGAGCUCUCCGCCCACCGUCGUCAAUCGUCAGCACGCAGCACACAUUCUCAGCAGAAGAGCACGUCAUCUCCUCCACCACUGAAGGGCCUGGCCAACCCUGGGCCAUCAGCUGCCAUAUGUGCUACCAUGCCAACAGCAGCAGCAACAGCAGUUGGAGGUGGUGGGGGAUGUACACUUGACGGGUAUCAGAACCCAGGUCCAGACUUCAAUGAGUUGCUUGUGACACACAAGCCGGUCCAGCAGACUCCACACGUAUCACCUCCAGUACAGAUAAAUCCAAACUUCACACCAACUGAGGCUUAUGACAGCUCAAAUUAUUUCUCACAACAGAUGCAAUAUGACUACUUACAACCAAAUGUUUCUGAGGAUAGACUACAGCAUUACCAAAUGCAUGUUCCACCACAAGUAUAUCAGCCAACAUUUCAGUCAAUGUUGCCUGCAGGCUUUCCACAGCCAGAUGACCUUCUGUCGGUGCUACCUGGCUCUUCCACGGACAUAAAGCCACCGGUAAUUCAAAAAAUGGAGCAUAUGGAUACAUACCAGGAACCUCUGCAGGCAGGUUUGGUACCUGCAUACAAGCAGGAGAUUUUUUGGGACCACCAGGAUCAGCAACAGCAACAACAACAACAACAACACCCACCACCCGCAUAUCCGGACAACUAUGCUGAGAAUAACAGCAGUGCCAGCUACUCCACUGUGUCUCCGCCGAGCUUGACAGAACUUUAA